AUGGGGUUAGUCGAUGACAACAAGGACAAGGAUGGUCUUCAAGAAAGCGACGGUGAGUCCUCUUUCUACACCACCGAUCAGGACGAUGAUCACCACGAUGAAAGCAAGCUUCACUUGGGUCCUCAGCGCACUCUCAAAGAACAGCUUGAAAAAGACAAGGAUGAUGAGAGCUUAAGGAAGUGGAAAGAACAGCUUCUUGGAGGUGUGGAUAUUAACAACAUUGGAGCAGAAACACUUGAUCCUGUAGUGAAGUUUAUCAGCGUGGCGAUCGUAUCACCGGAGAGGCCGGACAUAGUCCUUUCGAUCCCAGAAGAUGGAAAUCGACAGCGCUUGUGGUUUACACUCAAAGAAGAUAGCCAUUAUCGAUUGAAAUUCUCCUUCCAAGUCGGCAACAACAUCUUAUCUGGUCUCAGGUACACCAACACCGUAUGGAAAUCAGGUCUCAGGGUUUUCAGCACAAAAGACAUGAUCGGAACUUUUAGUCCUCAGCCGGAGCCUUACACACAUGAAAUGCCAGAAGAAACCGCCCCUUCUGGGUUUAUGGCUAGAGGAUCAUACACUGCAAAAUCGAAGUUCAUUGACGAUUACAACAAGUGCCACUUGGAGAUCAACUAUACAUUCGACAUCCGUAAAGACUGGGCCUCGAAUGAUUAA